CCGCGGCGUCUUAACUCGCUAAUCAAUCCCCCGUUAAUUGCGGACCGUGGAAGAAAAAUUAUAGUUACACCUGUUUUCCACUGUCGUCGCAUCGGAGGAGAAUUCGGUGGGGGUUACAAUGGCUUUCACUAUGAAAACAACAUUUCUGCUGACCGCUGCCGCCAUCGUGCCGGCAUGGACGCUGUCGGUACUCCAGUUCGGAUUACUAUACAGCCUUUUCCACAAUGUCAUUGCCGGUGUGUUGUUUUUCGUUGGAGUCGACUUUCUGAUCAACCGCGAAAAAGACUUCCCGCUGUAUGUGUCAUGGAAUAAAUAUCUAAAAUGGCGCAAGGAUUACUUUGCCGGUUGGUAUUAUCAUCGGAAACUCGACGAAAGCACAAAGGAUAUUAGACAGCUGCAAACCGAUCAGCUGCUGAGAAUUCUCAAAUACAACUCGGACACGGCAUAUUACAAAGACGCCAAAUUGGAACAAGUGCAGAGCCGUGAAGAUUACAUCCGCGUGCAUCCACUGAUCAAGUAUGCCCAUUCCGCAGAGUAUUUUGAGCGCAUGGUCGGGAAGGCGGAGGAAAAGGUCAUGACGUCGGAGUCGCCCAUUUACUACGGGGAGACAUCGGGAACGACCGGAAAGCCCAGCCGGAUUCCAUUGGUGGAUUACCAGCGAAAGGAAUUUGAGAAAAUCAAAGCGAUUUUCGCUAACGUCGUCUCUGAUGAUGUGCCGACCUCCAGAAACGUCAAAAAAUGUAUGAGAAUCUACUACAACGUCCGUCGGCUGCUGGAUAAAUCUGCCAACGGCACGCAGAUCGGACCGGUCAGUGCUUCGUCCGCCGUAUUCGAGUACGCCGACAUCUUCACGACGCCACCAGCGGGAUACGAUAUUCCCCACGAAGAGUCUACCCGCUACAUCCAUCUGUUAUUUGGACUCCGGUAUAAAAAUUUAACAAAAAUAGAGACACUUUUCGUGUCGUUGGUGUAUUUUGCCUUUAUCGAGCUGGAGGCGGAAUGGAAGACCUUAGUCAAGGACAUUCGUGACGGUACUUUGAACUCAGCACUGCAAAUCACACCGGAAACCAGAAAGACAUUGAUGCAAUAUUUAACACCCGAUCCGGAGCGUGCUAGUGAACUAGAGGCCGAAUUCUCCAAAGGGAUGAAAAAUAUCGCCAAGCGAAUAUGGCCAAAACUCAGCGUGAUCGAGUGCAUCACAUCCGGACCGUUUGUUCAUUAUGCUGAUGCACUGCGGCAGCAGUACACCGGAGAUGUCACGUUGUACAGUCCUUUUUACGGUGCCAGUGAAGGCUUUCUGGGAAUCAAUCUAUGGCCGUUUCGUUCCUCCGUUAAUUACAUUCUGUGGCCAUGCGGAAUUUUUUGGGAAUUUAUUCCCUUGGAAAAUGUCACAGACACCAAUCCAAAGACCUACUUUAUGGACCAGGUUAAAAAGGGCGAAACUUAUGAAGCGGUAUUAACCACACCAGCCGGCUUGUACCGGUACCGUCUGGGCGAUGUUGUCAAAGUGGUGGACUUCUACAACCAGUGUCCAGUCAUCGAAUUCCAGUACCGAUCGGGUCAACUGCUCAACAUCAAAGCCGAAAAAGUGUCAGAAGUUGUUAUGCUGGAUGCCAUUAAGGAGGUCAUCACCACCGUUGACUACAGUAUUGAUCGUGUGGUGGACUUCACGGCAUGCGAAAGCCUGGCCAGGGAUACGGCUAAUAUACCUGAUGUUGUUGCGAAAUCCAGUACGCCCUGUUAUGUGGUCUUUUUGGAGCUAAGUAUCGACGGCGACUGCGAUCUCCUAGCGCUCCAAAAAGAAUUUUCGGAAAAGCUGGAUGAAACUCUACGGAAGAAUCACAGUGACUAUCAUCUCUACCGCAAGAAAGGCGCCAUUGACGCGUUGGACUUGCAUUUGGUUAAGCCGGGCGCUUUUCAAAGGCUGCGCCGCUACAUGCUGGAUAACUCAUCCACCUCGCCGACACAGCUGAAGAUCCCACGGGUACUGCGUAAAACCGAAUUGGUGCAGUACAUGUGGAGCGAAAGAGUGUAAAGAAGUAGCAGAUCAAACAGCGGAAAUUGUAUUAUUCCUUAAAAGUUAAUGCACUGAUCAACUGUAGUUGUACAAGUGUUCAAGAAUGCGCGCCUCCUCGUAUUUCCCCACUUGCUCGAAACUGUUAACUGUACCAUUUCCGUUUCGUUCUGGAUGCGCUAUCACUAUGCCUGCUGUAAUAUGUAACUGCAUUCACAGCAAGAAGUUUGCUCUAUAUAACAAGGACCGUGAAAGAUUUCGGUUUACUGAGAUUGCUUCAUUCCGAUAUAAAUAAAUUAUGUACA